GUGUUUCGUCGGCGCCGCUCAAGACGGACUGGCGUCAGAAACAAAGCAACUAGCGGGAGCUUCGUUGUCGUAAAAUGUGAUUUUAUGAAGCUUUUAGCGUCCAAAUGGAGAUAAUCGGCAGCACGUUUGAUGACUCUGUGUUUUCGGAGGCCAGAGAGCGGCUGUGUGCGUCUCUGUCGUCUUAUAACGCCAAACUGUGCGAAGCAGAGUGGUUUUGUGAGAGUGCUGCUCUGGACACGGACGAUCCUUUGGAGAAGCAGAAAGUCUUUAAGUUCAGAGGUGACCUGGCUUUUAGACAGGGGAACUACCAGAGAGCCUUGGAUGCCUACAGCAGCUGCCUGCAGUGGAUCGCAGACAACAACUUAACCAUCAGGCGCGAUGUCCUGGAGGGAAUGGCCCGCUGCUGCACCAGGCUGGGACGGAGGGAACAGGCGCUGGAGGCAGCUGAAUUACUGAGCAAGGAAGCCUCCAACACCUGCCACCUGACCAGUCUCCUGCUGCUUAAAGUCAGCAUCUACCAGCACUUCGGCUCUGUGAGGCCACAGAUGUCCUGUCUGCAGCAGCUCUGCAGCCUGCUGCCCUUUAACCCCUGGCACUGGCUCAGCCUGGGACAGAUGUGCUUACAGCUGCUGGACAGCGAUCCAAACACAGAGCGUGCGUCAGAGGCUGAGGCUGACCAGAAGGGGGCAGCAGAGCGCGCUGAGGACAGGGUGUGGCUAAGAGCUUGCAUCUGUUUCGUCAGGACAAGACUCCUGCUGAGACUCCUCCGCCAGCAGCAGUCCUCCUUCGUGGCGCAGCGCAGUGAAAAGGCCCUACAAGUCACAGAAGAGGCGCUGCAACGACUAAAUCCUAAAGAAACGACACUGCAGGCGCUCACUGAGGUGAUGUCGGAGGACCUGAUCCCAGAGAAGAUGAGGGAGGACUACCAGGAUGGGGAGAGCCUGACCUGUGUGUGUCUGCAGAGCUUCAAUGAGCGCUGGUGGAAGAGCGUUUUACUGGCAGCAGUGCUACAGACCGAUGGGCCCCGGGUUAAAUCUUAAUAAAACUCUAGUGGAUGACUGAAUUGCUGACAGACAGGAGAAGGUUUAGGACCACGCUAAUGAUGCUUCAAACAAGUUUUUAUUUCAGAUACUAAAAAAUACAAAUAAAAAUGGCAGUGUUGGACUAAA